AUGUUUUCGACGCUGAGCAGCUACAUCUACUUCCCGGCUCUGGUUCCAAUGGCAAAUGAUCUGGGUGUAUCCGUCUCGCUGAUCAACCUCACGGUCACCUCUUAUCUGAUCGUUGCAGGCAUCGCGCCGGCGUUCAUGGGAGAUAUUGCUGAUCAAGGAGGACGAAGGCCGGCGUAUAUCCUCAUGUUCAUUUUGGUUGCGGCGUCCAAUGUCGGGCUGGCGUUGCAGAACUCUUAUGCUGCGUUAUUCGUGUUGAGGAUGGUUCAAAGUGCUGGGGCUUCUGGAUCCUACGGGGCUGCAUAUGGAAUCAUUGCUGAUAUAACGACUGUCGCGGAGCGUGGUUCCUUUGUGGGCUCGCUGAUAUUGUUUACCAACGCCGCCCCUAGCUUCGGUCCGGUCAUCGCCGGCGUGCUUGCCCAGAAGCUCGGCUGGCGAUGGAUCUUUUGGUUUCUGGUCAUCAUGACCGGAACAUAUCUGGUCCUUGUCAUCCUGCUGAUGCCGGAGACCCAGAGAAAGGUCGUUGGAAAUGGUAGCAUCCCGCCAAGAGACAUCCACAAGAGCCUCUUCGAGACGUUUUCCCGAAAGCGAAGAGUCAGGCAUGCAAAUAAUGAUGGGCAUGUGGAAGCUCAAGUUGUGCAACUCACAGAAACCAAGAAGGCGAAGAAGUGCCAUAUCCCGAACCCCUUCACAUGCAUACCGAUGCUGUUCCUCAAGGGUAACCUGGUCGUGAUUCUGAUCGGGUCGAUCACAUACGCGGUCAAAAUGACAUUGCAGACGUCAUUGGCCGCUCAGUGCAUCGAUAUAUACGACCUGGAUUAUCUCCAGGCUGGGCUGAUCUAUCUUCCAUCGGGCGUGGGCGGCGCACUCGCAUCGUAUACCACUGGCAAGUUCCUCGACAGGAACAUCAAGAAGUACUCUGCCAAGGCCGGUAGGGAGGGCCAAUAUAAAAGGGGCGAGGAUAUAUCCGACUUUCCCAUUGAGAAAGCACGAUUCGUCGGGAUUUAUACCCUCAUCCUCGUCUCGUCGGUCGGAUCUGCUGCUUAUGGUGUCAGCCUGAAUGAGCAAGCGCACCUCGCAGUGCCACUCGUCCUUCAGUUCCUGACAGGCGCCGCAACAUCGAGCAUCUUCACGCUCUGCGGAACACUCCUAACGGACCUCAACCCCAAUACUUCCGCUACCGUUCAGGCAUCAUAUAACUUGGUUCGAUGCCUAGGAGCAGGUGCCGCAAUUGCCUCACAACAACCGUUGGCAGAUGCAGCUGGCUCCGGAUGGUGUUUCGGAGUUUUUGCCAUCAUCAUGCUGAUGGCUUUGCCGCUUUCCAUGCUCAUUGAGAAGCGAGGGCUGAAAUGGAGAAGAGCGAAGGCACGAGAUGGCGCAUGGGCGCGGGACGCUCUGCGCAACACCAUAUCCGCUGUAUCUUCAACCUCGUCGUCGAUAUUGGCAGUCAGAGAUGUCCUGAACAGCAGUGAAGAGGGCGGCGACCCCCUUGACUUGCUCCCCCCAGAUAAGCUCGAAUACCUCUUGAAGCUUGUCCAGGCUAUGUACGACGCACGCUUCAUUGCCAGCUGCUACAACAUUGCCGUCCUCUUCACCAUCCUCGUCUUCGCCAUUUGGCACUGGCGCGAAUCCAGACAUGACCGACGAAAGUGGUUGGCUAGGAUAAGGGGGACAAAAUCAGACUCAGCCCACACAACGAGGACGACGACAAGAACGACACAAACGCCUUCCUCGCCAGCAUCAUCUAGCCGGUCCAGCCCCGGCACAUCCACGCCCACCGGCGACUGGAAAGACAACCUCGUUGAUGUCGAACGAUCACCACUCCUGAGGGGGCGCACAUCCAGCCUCACCAUCAACUCAACCCGUCUCGACCGCAAGCCGUCCAUCUUCAACACUGUCUCCUCCUGGCUCGCCCGUCAACCGCCACCCAUCCCCAUCAUCAACCGCACCCUCCCCAGCAACGGCACCUCCGUCUUCAUCACUUUCUGGAUUUUGUUGAAUGUCUUCUUCCAGAUGCUUCUCAUCCCGCUCCGCUGGGACUUCUUCUUUGUCUUCGGCGACAAAAUGGGCUUCAUGAUCAUCGUCAACCUCCCCCUCCUCUACCUCCUGAGCGCCAAGAACCAGCCCCUCCGGUUACUGACCGGCUACUCGUACGAAGCGCUCAACAUCUUCCACCGCCGCGUCGGCGAGAUGAUGUGCUUCAUGGCGCUGGUGCACUUCAGCAGCAUGGUCACCUGGCAGUUCGUCCUGGCCGAGGACUGGAUGUUGGCGUCCAAGACCGCGUGGGCGUACUUCACACAUCCGCUUAUCCUCUGCGGUCUGGGCGCUUUCACGUCGUUUGAGCUGAUCUACUUCACUUCCCUGGGAAGUUUCCGGCAGCGCUGGUACGAGCUCUUCCUCGCCUCACACGUCUUGCUCCAGAUCGCCGCGCUCGUGUUUCUCUGGUUCCACUUCGACACCAGCCGGCCUUAUGUCAGCUUGUCACUCGCCAUCUUUGUACUCGACCGGCUCGUCUGGCGACUGCGCUUUAAGCGGGCCACCGUCACCGCCGACCUGGAAGUGUUGGAAGACGGCCAGACCUUUCUACUCUCAGCAGACUGGGACAUCAUCCCACGUGCUGCUCAAUCCAGCGGCAGUCAACAACCCUGGAGGAAGUUCUGGAACUCAAACAAAUCCAUCCUCAACGGCUGGCACCCCACCGACCACGUCUUCCUCACCGUCCCCUCCCUAGGCAGUUCCCACGCGUUUCAAGCCCACCCGUUCACCAUUGCGUCUGCCGCCCCCGUUAUCUCCCAUAUCUCCCACUCUACCACCUCAGGCGAACAGCAACAGCAACAGCAACCCACCCACGCAUGGUUCAACCUCCUCAUCCGCUCCUACUCCGGUUUCACGUCCGACCUCCUCCGCCACGCUCAAGCGGGCCAUAGCCGCGUAUCCGUCCAACUAGACGGACCCUACGGCUCUUCGCACGCGUUGGAUAUGCUUCGGGCGUCGGGGAGUGCCGUUUUGGUGGCGGGAGGCAGUGGGAUUGCGGUUACGUUUCCUUUGGUUUGGGCUUUGCUUCAACAACAACCACAGGAGGUACUAUCGGACGGGGAGGAGGAGGACGAGGAUGUAGAUUUGGAUGAGGAAGAGGAGGAUAAGAUGGUGAGAAGAGGAUCGUUGACGAGGCAGAAGCAGAGAGUCCACAUGCUCUGGGUGACGCAUUCGAGGUCGCAUAGGAAUUGGAUACCGCAGGAGCAGUUUGAUGAGUUGGUCGCGCUGGGAUUGGACUUGGUGAUUCCGGAGCCGACGGAGGAGGCGGGGAGGCCGGAUGUGGCGGGGAUUGUGAAAGGGUGGAUCUUGGAUGCGGCGAGCGAUGGGCUGGAGUCCGCGGUGGUGGUGUCGGGUCCGGAUGGAUUGAACAGGACGGUGAGAAAUACUUGUGCUGAUGUGAUUGGUGAGGGACUGGAUGUGAGGAUAGCGGUUGAGAAGUUUGGAUGGUAA